GCGUUUUUAAUUUUCUUGAGUGUAUUUUAAGCCUUUUCAGAUAUAUCAUUUGGCAGUCAUAUCUAUUUCAGUGAACAAGAUGGCGACUUAUGCAGUGUUAUUGAUAUUUGUUUGCUUGAUCCCCGGGAUACCGGCACCGAACAGUAAAAUGUGCCGGAAUUGUCAUCAUCUAGUCAGAAGUCUAGCCGAAUGUACAGAGAUACACCAUUGUGCAGAACCAUGUGUAACUGAAGUGUAUCUCAAAAAUGGACAUAACAUGUUUAGAUAUCGCUGCGGACAUCCGGAUGACUGUAACAACCACCAUCAAAAUCAACAUGGUCACAACUUGGGCCAGCUGCUUUGCAAGGAAUGUUGUGAUAGCACAGACUGUCAAAAAAGUGGAUGCGCUCAGUUCUUAACAACUACACCAUUUCCUACAACAUCACCACAACCAACAACCCAUGCUCCUGCCUCAGUUACAGCGACAACUGUAUUGGUCCCACAAACUGCUAUGGUCAAUGUCAGCCUAACACAGACGACAACCCAACCUUGCGUGGAUUUAGAUGACCCAAACUUUACCUGUGUAGAUAUGAUGAAUUACGGAUAUUGUAACCCUUCUGCUGGCGCCGGUUACGCCCUUGCUCAAAAGCGAUGUAGUAAAUCUUGUGGAUUUUGUCCAUAGGAAACAGUGAAAGGACGGUCGCAAGCAAAGCAAGACAUAUCAACUCGAUAUGAUUGUAAAAUCUGUAAAGAGCUAUUAAAUUUGUUCAAAGUGAA